UAUAUAAACAUAAAAUCUAACAAAUCAACAAAAGUCGUAGAACAAAUGUUGUUAAUGAUGUUAUUUAUUUAAUCCUGCGAGGAUGCUUAUGUUUAUAAAAUAACCAUGUAUAUGGCGUUACUGUACUCCAAAAAGUUAAGUAUUAUUUAAAACUUAAAGACAACUGGAUUUAAAACGGUUCGAUUUUUGAUUCGAUUUUCGAUUAUUCGCAUACAAAUGAGUUUGAAUAGUCACAACACUAUGGUAAAGAACCUAACUAGGUAGCUUUGUAAUGACGUCUAAAAACAUCUAUUGUAUAUAAUGAUUAUUUUGCUGUAUUUAAAGAUUUUGAAUUUAAAUUAAGUGAUUAAGAUGUACAUUUUGUGAUAAAAUAAAAAUAGCUACCAAGGUUUUACGGAAAACACCUAUAUAAAAUUGUUACGUCUUAAUAAGUAUGAAACGUCAAACGUUACAUCUUAGACUGCAUGCAAUAAGGAUAUUACUAUAUAAUACAAGUUAUACUAUCUCGAGAUUCAUAUUUUGCUGGGACAGCGUUCUUGUAAGAUAUCUACGUCAGCUCCAACAGCAAGAAACUCUAAAAGAAUAUGUACCAAAAAUCAAAUGGAGGUCAAACCCAAGAGUUUUGGACAUCGGUUGCGCGGAUGGUAGCGUCAGCAGCAUUCUGUCCACCUACAUACCGCAAAACUACGAAAUGUUUCUCGGCUGCGACAUCAACAGCAACUCCGUAAAGUUUGCAAACGCUCGAUAUGGGACGGAGCGCAUCAAGUUCAUCGUUCUCGACAUAGAGGAGCCCAUACCUGAAAAUCUGAGAGAGAGUUUUGAUCAUGUGUUCUCGUUCUUCGCCUUGCACUGGCUCACUAAUCCCGAGAAAGGUUAUAUGAACAUCUACAACCUUCUGAAACCGGGAGGCGAAAUAUUCCUUAUAUUAUCAGCAGAAUCACCAUACUACGAUAUAUACCACAGUCUCUUCCGGACAAAGAAAUGGGCGCCACAUAUGCAAGCUUAUGAUACAUUCGUGUCACCCUACCAUGAUUGUAAGGAUCCAGAUAAAGUUAUUUAUGAAUCGUUCAAGAAGAUUGGAUUCCGUAAUAUUGAUGUACAGUGUAAGCAGAAAGUAUUCGUUCAUGAAAGCACAAACUUUUUGAAAAAUAGUGUCGCUUCAAUAAAUCUUUUCGAAACACCAAAACACAUGCAGGACGAGUUCUUAAAGAUUUCAUCGACGUAGCACGUGACAUGAGACUGGUGGAGGAUGACAAUUCUGUGAAAUUUUCUUACAAUAUCAUUACGGUUCACUGCAUGAAGUAAUAAAAAAAUACAUAUCGCUGGCUUACUUACAAGGUCCUAUGUUAAUUUUUACUAUGUUGCAAUAAUGAGAUUAAAAAUAUUUUCCAUAUAUUUAAAAAGACAAUAAUUCAUAGUUCUUCUUUUAGUAAUUCUUCAGGAUUAUUGGAAAUUUUCACUGACAAAGACUAAGAAUUAAGUGAUAUAAUAUAUUUCAAUUUUCACAUAAAAUAUAACAAAGAACCUUGUAAUAUUAAGCUAGCGAUAUACAGAAAUCUUUUUAUAAGGAAGAAAAAUCAACGGUUACAUAACAUUGGUUUUAGGCUCUCAAAACAUUAUAAUUAAGUCAAUAAAUGGUUUAAUAAAGAAUACAUUAUAA